UGUGAGACUUGUUCUUGCACCUAGCAUGUAGGCUACGUGCCGUGCUAUCUUCAUACAGCCUUGAUUAUAUUUCUUACAUUUUUUUAGGUUUGCCUGCUUCGUGCAAUGUCUCUUUACUUCAACUGCACUGCAAUUCUGACUUGCAGUACACACAGGGAGGGCUGUGUUGAGAACUGCGGUGUUCUGAUAUAUGUGGGAACUCAGCCAAUGGGAAGAGUGCAUGGGAGUGGACUCAUUAGGUGUGUUCCUUCAUUUAACCGUCAUUCCACAAGAUUUUAGCCGGAGACGCAAGGACAUCCACGCAAAACAACAGAUCCACCCUCCACUAUGGCAUUCCUGAAAGAUUUAUUCAGACAAGCAGUUAACCUGAAGACAGACGAUGGUGUCGACAAGACCUUCAAUGGGACAGUCGCCCCGUACCCCCUCUUCAGAGCCAGCGAGGAUGCAUCUCUCCUGGACAGAGCCAUCAAGGCUCCAGGUGUGGAGGAGGCCGCCAUCAUCGAUCUUCUGGUGAAGAGGAACAACGAGCAGCGUCAGCAGAUCAAGGAAGCCUAUCAGCAGGCCUUCGGGAAGGCUCUGGAUGCGACCUUGGUGUCCGUCUUGAAGGGCGACCUGGAGGAGCUGGCGCUGGCGUUGCUGAUGACUCCAGCGCAGUAUGAUGCACAUCUGCUCAGGAAGGCCAUGAAGGGUCUUGGCACCGAUGAAGAGAUCCUGAUUGAGGUUCUGGUAACGAGAUCCAACGCGGAGAUCGCACAGAUCAAAAAUAUUUAUAAAAAAGAGUACCAGAGGGAUCUGGAAAAGGACAUUGAUAAAGAAAACUCAGGACACUUCCAGGAUGCUCUGCUCAACCUCUGCAAGGGCACUAGGAGUGAAGAAACUAAGGUCGAUAACGACCUGGCAGACAGUGAUGCACAAACUCUGUUCAACGCCGGAGAAGACAGGAGAGGAACCAACGACACCGUCUUCAUCCACAUUUUCACGACCAGGAGCGACGCACAACUCCGAAAAAUAUUCCAGAGGUACGGGAAGCACAGCAAGACGGAAAUGACGCAGGCCCUGGACGGCGAGAUGAGCGGGAACGUGGAGAAGUGCCUGAUCGCGAUCACAAAAUGCGCCAUGAAUAAACCUGCGUUCUUCGCUGAGAAGCUGCACCUCGCCAUGGCGGGGUUCGGGACGCGGAAUAAGGCUCUCAUCCGACUGCUGGUGUCCCGGUCUGAGAAGGACAUGAAGAAGGUGGCGCAGGAGUACAAGAAGCUGUACCAGAAACCCUUGCAGCAGGACAUCAUGGCUGAAUCCAGCGGUGUAUUGGAGGCAGGCCUGCUGGCCCUGUGUGGAAAGGACGACUGAGACGUUCAGCUGAGACACGUUCACAUUAAUAACGUUCAUAUUCGUGUUAACAGUCAGUCAGUUUCAUAAUAUUAUUUUGCUAUUGGAGAGAUCUUAUGGAUGUACGAUAGGAAAUAAUGCUUAACGUUAGUAUAGCUGGUUACACCACGACGUUUAGAAAGGUUUGACUUCCGGACUAACCGUUGGCUCGGUUAAACCAAUUAAAAAUAACAGAAAGUUUUUUUUUUUUAAGUUAGCAGGGAUACAGGAAGUGUUUUGUGUUAAAGGCAGAAAGAAACAGAAGAGCUGCUGUGGCCCAAAUCUGGGCACAUUUAUGUGGAAAUCUUUGUGGAAAUAAAACUUUCUCAUGAA